CCUUUCUUAGCCAACGCCCUCCCAAUUGAGGAACUCGGCCAAGAGCACAUUCCAGUGGAUGAAGAACUUGGACCAGAAACGGCACCCUUCCAACCAACUGAACAGUGGACCCUGGUACCCGAUGGCAACGGACACCUUCAUCUGGUGAACACCGACCCGUACGGCUUGGAAAGCCAGGGGGAACCAGAGCCGUUCUUCAAUGCUGCUACCGACACCAUCUUCCGGCUGUUCACUCGUGCUAACCGCAACACAGCUGGUCACGUUAUUACUAACGGUAAUGCCGCUACCUUAGGACAGUUCUGGAGUCCUGCACGUCAGACACGUUUUAUCAUCCACGGAUGGAACAACAACGGUGGAUCGCCAGUAAAUACUCUCAUUCGUAACGCUUAUCUGGAUCGGGGAGAUUUCAAUGUCAUCACCGUCGACUGGGGAGUAGGAGCGCAGAACCCGAACUACGUCACUUCCAGGAAUCACAUCAAUGCCGUGGGAGCGACUGUGGCUAGUUUCAUUGAGUUCCUCAACGUAAAUGGUCUGGCGUUCAACUUUGUGUACGUUUCGGGUCACAGUCUGGGAGGUCACGCCGCCGGUAUUACUGGUAAACGUGUCACCCGAGGACGAUUGCAUUCCAUAAUUGCUCUGGAUCCAGCUCUGCCACUGUUCUCUAUCAAUGCACCAAACGAACGUGUUGCUUCAACUGAUGCCAACUACGUCGAGGUCAUCCACACCAAUGCUGGUUUGCUGGGCUUCGAUCUACCGAUUGGACAGGCCGAUUUCUACCCGAACGGUGGUCGUUCUCAGCCCGGUUGUGGAGUUGAUAUUGCUGGAACCUGUGCUCAUGGACGUGCUUUUGAGUUCUUCGCAGAGUCCAUCCGAACUAACCCUAGCCGGUUCAAUUCGGUUCGUUGUGCGAACUACGAUCAGAUCCUGAACAACAACUGCGUGUCCAGUGGUGCUAAUAGGAACAUGGGCGGAGAUCCGUCUAACCUGGGACUUGCCAGUGGAGUGUUCCAUCUGAUUACGAACGCAGCUAGUCCGUUUGCUCGGGGUUAA